GGAGAGCUUUGUGAUGUAGUCUAGUGAUCUGGUUCCAUCUUCUGUGAGGUAGAGAUGACAAGGUCUAGAAUUUGGAGGCAUUAGGUUCCAAGUCCCUGAAAGCAUAGGAAGAGAGAUGGCUAGUGAGGAUUAGAUUAUGUUGACCCCUACCUUUCUUCUGUGGGAUGUUGGAUAUCCCUUAUACACUUAUGGCUCCAUCAUUAUUAUUGCAUUAAUUAUUUGGCAAGUGAAAAAGAGCCACCAAGAAUUAAGGUUGGGACCUAACAGGAGCUGUUGCCGGCGUCACCGGAGAGUCAAACAAAGGGCUAAAGAUAGAACAUCAAGAGCUAGGAGACAUUCCCGAGAAGAAGCUGAGAAGCCGUGGGAGCUGCUCUCUAUCAUGAAAAGCCAGGGCUGGCUUCCUCAGGAGGGAAGUGUGAGGCGGCUCCUGUGUGCAGAUCCUUCCUGCCCCAUCUGCAAUGCUGUGGCUCUAGAGAUUCAGCAGUUGCUGGCGGGUGAGAACACCCUGAUCUCUCCCCCUUCAUCGGGGCCAUCGCAGGGCUCCUCUUGCCUAGAGAUUUUGUCCAUGUCUAGUCUCUCUUUGGAGCAGAGUCAGGGUUCCCUGCACUCCAAAGAUCUUUCACUUCCAUCUGUAACCCCCAUAAAGUUACAAUUAAUGGAUCAGAAAUCCUUAACACAGUCAGCUGUCCAGUCAACCAGUGUCAGCCUCCGAGAUCACCAGGCUGAACUCCUUCAGCGAAGGAAGGGAUUUCAAGUGCCAGAUGUGUCCAGGGAUGCAGGAGCUCGGUCUUCUUCAAGUGAGGAGCCUAGGAUUCCUGUGAAUCAGCAGGACAAGAGGAAGAGCCACUCUGAAUGUGUGCUGGAAAAACAAGAACCUGCAGAAGCUGGCUUGGGAAAUAAGGUGAAGCACUUUCCACACUGGAUUAAUCCUGAGAUGAAAGGUCAAGGGCAUAAAGAAUCCAUUCUCCUCUCUAAGGAUGAAACAGUGCCCAAACCCAUGACAAAAAUGGUUGAGAAGACUCCACCCCCGACCGGACACCCUGUGAGAGGAGCCAAGUUGGAGAAGAAAACAGAGGAGGAGGGCAUGACCUUCUUUGAUGCCCCCCAGUCUCUGGACAAUGAACUCAAGGAACAAUCCCUUCAGCCCAGACACUCCUGGUUCCUAUGCCUUUCCCGAGAUGGCUCCAAGCAUUGUCCUCAGCUGACUUGUGCCACUCAACUAGAAAAUCCAUCCCACCUCUCAGUUCUCACCUCAGCAGAAGGCACUGGUCUACACAAAGAGAAUACCCAGUCCGGGAAAAAGGAGUUCAUAGGUUCCAAGUCCUCUGCAUGCCCAUGAAAAAGGCUGUCAUCAUUUUUGUUAAUGUGCAGGUGAGGCAGGACCCUCUCCAAAUAUACUCUAUACCUCUAAGCAAAGAACCAUCUGUUUCUGCUUCCU